UUCCCGGAGUGCAUUGCGGCUGUAAUGGCUGCCCCCGGGCGGCACGGGGUUGCGCUUGUUCGAUCGCUGUUAAGGGUCUUGCAGCUGGGUCCCCACGUCGCAGGGGAGAGGGUAACCCCGCUCCCCUCGAUAUCAUACUGUCAACGGAGGUGCGUGUCUUGUGUCUCGGGCGCCACUGUAUCUGGUCCCCGCUUGGCCUCGGCUUCUCGCCAAUAUGGCCAGGGCUCGGCCCUGGACCGUUUUCUUGGAUUCCCUCAGCCCGACAGUUCGCUGACUCCUUGCGUCCCCGCGGUGUCCAUACACGGAGAUGAGCAGAAACUCCUCUUGGAUCAUCACCCUGACAUGCCUGAGAAUCCCCGGGUCCUACGAGUGGUCCUCCUGGGAGCUCCAAAUGCAGGGAAGUCAACACUCUCCAAUCGACUAGUAGGCCGAAAGGUGUUUCCUGUCUCCAAGAAGGUGCACACUACUCGUUGUCAAGCUCUAGGUGUCAUCACAGAGAAGGAAGCACAGGUGAUUCUGUUGGACACACCUGGCAUUAUCAAUCCUGUUAAACGGAAGAGGCACCACCUAGAGCUGUCUUUGUUGGAAGAUCCAUGGAAGAGUAUGGAAUCUGCUGAUCUCGUUAUUGUUCUUGUGGAUAUCUCAGACAAGUGGACUCGGAACCAGCUCAACCCCCAGGUGCUCAAGUGCUUGACUCAGUUCUCCCAGGUCCCUAGCAUCCUUGUCAUGAAUAAGGUAGAUUGCCUGAAGAAAAAGUCACUUCUCCUGGAGCUUACAGCAGCCCUCACUGAAGGAGUGGUCAAUGGCAAAAAGAUAAAGAUAAAGCAAGCCUUCCGCUCAAACCCUGGCACAGAUGGCCCCAGCCCCACAGCUAAGGGCCAAAACACACAAUCUAUGGGAGGCCCUCAGAGAAUUGGCUGGCCCUACUUCCAGGAGAUCUUCAUGUUGUCAGCCUUAAACCAGGAGGAUGUGAAAAUACUAAAGAAUUAUCUCCUGGCACAAGCAAAGCCUGGGCCCUGGGAGUUCCACAGUGGAGUCCUCACAAGCCAGACACCUGAAGAGAUCUGUGCCAACACCAUCCGAGCAAAGCUCCUAGAAUAUCUGCCCCAGGAAGUGCCCUACAAUGUGCAGCAGAAGACAGUGUUGUGGGAAGAGGGACCAAGUGGGGAGCUGGUGAUUGAACAGAAGCUUCUGGUACCUAAAGAAUCUCAUGUGAGGCUCCUGAUUGGUCCAAACGGCCACCUGAUCUCCCAGAUUGCACAGGAGGUGAGCUGUGACCUCAUGAACAUCUUCCUCUGUGAUGUUAAGAUCCGUCUCUCUGUGAAGCUCAUCAACUGAUCACUGUCUGCUGUCCCUCCCAGAACAUGCCACCACAAGCCACUGGCAGGAACUGACCAGAAAUGCCCCCAGCUCAGAGCUUGCAGGGACUGGUGAAGGGAAUGAACACUGACCGGCUGUCAGCUGGCCUUUCCCUGCUGAGGUUGCAUAGCUGUGUGUCCUGCUGAGAGGAAGAAACCUGCCAUAGCUCAGUUCCCAUGUAGUUCCUCUACUACUAGGAAGUAGCUACGUAGGUCAAAAGUUGGCCCCUUGAUGGAAACUAUGCCACCUGACCUCCAGCUGACAUUGGGCCAGACUUUUUCGCUAAGUUGUCAUCAUUGGCAAGGAGGAGGAGAUCCUGCUCUGCUUCCCCCAGUUCUUCCACCUUGACCCUGUGUGAGGACCUGUGUUUUCUGAGUGACAUAGUGCCUCCCACCCCAUCGCUCUCCCCAGUCUUGGAUCAUAAUAAAGUUACAAGACAGGCA